AUGUCUAUUGAGAUUGGGCCCCUUCAAAUCGCAGCCAUCGUUCCGCCAGCAUCGCCGUCAUCCUCGUCAUCUUUGUCGUCUUUUAUCGCCUCUAUCGACGAAGACAGCGUGGUACACAUGCCUCUGCCCACCACUCUCCUACUUCCUCCACUUCUCCUCUUUCCCCGUCGCAACAUUCUCGUUCGGCUAGCGUGA